GUGACGUGAGGGCUCAAUGAGUGCCACUUCUCUGCCGCUCUUCCCACGCGACCCCCUACGCUGGAGAUACAGUCCAAAGUUUGCCCUCCCCCCAGUGGGCGGGGCUCGAGGGCGGCGGGAACUGCAAUUGGCAGCUUUGAAGACGCAACGGGCGGGAACAGCUGCUGUGGAGUGAGACGGCUGGUGAUGUGAACGUGCUAAAGAAAUGGAUGAAACCGUUGCCGAGUUUGUCAAGAGGACCAUCUUGAAAAUCCCAGUGGCUGAAAUGAUGACAAUCCUACAAGCCUGGGGUUUUUAUCUGAAAAUCAACUGCAGGAGGACAUCAACUUCCGGAGAGAGAAAGGAAUCUCUUGUUCAUGACUUGGUCCUGCUUUGUGAGGAGAAGCGUGCACGUGUCAGUGACGCUGCCCUUUUAGACAUCAUCUAUACUCAAUUUCAUCGGCACCAGAAAGUUUGGGAUGUUUUUCAGAUGACUAAAGAACCAGGUGGAGACAUUGACCUUUUUGAUAUGAAACAAUUCAAAAGUUCAUUUAAGAAAAUUCUUCAAAGAGCAUUAAAAAUGGCCCAGCUCUACCCUGCAAAGGAGGCCCCCCAGAGUGAUUCUGCCAGCAGCCACAUGGGCAACUCUGCCCGACUCUGGGUUAUACUGUCCAGAGGGCCAUUUGCCUGCAAUAUGAGCCGGGUCAUCAAUUUCUUGGUAUCGGUCACCUUCAGAGAUGCUGAGGAGAAUGCAGUAUGGAUUCGAAUUGCCUGGGGAACACAGUAUCGGAAGCCAAACCAGUACAAACCUACUUACGUGGUGUAUUAUCCCCAGACUCCAUACGCCUUCAUUUCUUCCUCGCAGCUGAGGAGCAGUAUUCCCCUUCUGGGCCAGGCACUGACAAUUGCUAGCAAACAUCAUCGGAUUGUGAAAAUGGACUUCAGAAGCCGAUAUCUGGACUCUCUUAAGGCUAUUGUUUUUGAGCAGUAUAAUCAGACCUUUGAAACUCACAACGCUACUACACCUCUACAAGAAAGAAGCCUUGGGCUAGAUAUAAAUAUGGAUUCCAGGAUCAUUCAUGAAAACAGAAUAGAAAAAGACAGAGUUCAAAAAAUUACUGAAGAAGUUUUUGGAGACUACCCUCAACCAAGACUAGAAUUUGCACAAUAUAAGCUUGAAACAAAAUUCAAAAGUGACUUAAAUAGAGGCAUCUUGGCUGAAAGAAAUGAACCCCUCCGGUGCCUAGUCAAGUUCUCUAGCCCAAAUCUUCUGGAAGCAUUGAAGUCCUUGGCACCAGCAGGUAUUGCAGAUGCACCACUUUCUCCAUUGCUCACUUGCAUACCCAAAAAGAGAAUGAAUUAUUUUAAAAUUAAAGAUAAAUAAGAUGUAUAUGGUUUUGUAAACAUCACAUCUCCCUGACUAUAUCACAUACACAUUUCACUUCAUAGAUAGCUGAAUAGCUUCUGUCAAAAACCUGUGUUUUAGACAUGAACACUUAAUUUAGAAAUGUUCGAUAUACUGGUUGGGAAUGACUCAUUCCUCUUCCACUGUGUGCUCCCCUCUCCCCCAUAUUCUGCAAAGUGCAGCAGUUGUGGGCCUAGAAAAAGUGACAAGGUGUCCUUUCUCUCACAUCUGUCUCUCCUCAAUCAUAGAGAGGUCUGGUUCCAAUUGCUGGUUUUCAGGAAUUUUCCCUUAACCCUUGGAUUACAUAAAGAAGCACCAAGAAACUACCGAACUCAAAACUUUCUAGGAUAAUCAGACUUGGGUCCAUUAAAUUAUUAUUGCAGGAGAUAGCAUAUCAGAUGAUUCAGUUAUAUAAAAUAAUGGUUUCAUUGUAAAUAUGCUUUUUAUUAUCUAUUUUCUCAUACAUGUGACAUUCAAACUGACCAAUUUUAAACUGAUUUGUGAAUAAAGGUAUUUAAAAACUGGUAUAUAAGUUA